CAGAGCUCGAGGACGAUGUCGACCACCAGCAGGUACAAGAGCCGGAGCGCGAGGCCAGAGGACGGGGAGGAGAAGGAGUAUGUGGGCUUCGCUACGCUGCCCAAUCAGGUGCACAGGAAGUCGGUGAAGAAGGGCUUCGACUUCACGCUGAUGGUGGCCGGAGAGUCGGGUUUGGGAAAGUCGACGUUGGUGAACAGCUUGUUCCUCACGGAUCUUCAUAAGGACAGGAAGCUGCUGAACGCUGAAGAGCGGAUAAACCAGACCGUGGAGAUCACUAAACACACGGUGGACAUCGAGGAGAAAGGAGUGAAGCUGAAACUCACCAUAGUCGACACUCCUGGGUUUGGAGACGCCGUGAACAACAGUGAAUGCUGGAAGCCGAUCACUGAUUAUAUUGAUCAGCAGUUUGAGCAGUACUUCCGGGACGAGAGCGGCCUGAACAGGAAGAACAUCCAGGACAACCGAGUUCACUGCUGCCUGUACUUCAUCCCCCCGUUCGGACACGGACUGCGUCCGGUGGACGUGGAGUUUAUGAAGGCUCUUCAGGAGAAGGUGAACGUGGUGCCUCUGAUCUCCAAGGCCGACUGCCUGACGCCGGCUGAGAUGAGGAAGAUGAAGGACAGGGUCAGAGAGGAGAUCGAGAAGUUUGGGAUUAAAGUGUAUCAGUUCCCGGACUGCGACUCGGACGAGGAGGAGGAGGUGAAGCAGCAGGACAGAGAGCUGAAGGAGAGCACUCCGUUCGCUGUGAUUGGCAGUAAUACGGUGGUGGAGGCUCGGGGGCAGCGGGUCAGAGGGAGACUCUACCCCUGGGGCAUCGUGGAAGUGGAGAAUCAGUCGCACUGUGAUUUUGUGAAGUUGAGGAAUAUGCUAAUUAGGACUCACAUGCACGACCUGAAGGAUAUCACCUGCGACGUUAACUACGAAAACUACAGAGCGCAGUGCAUCCAGCAGAUGACCAGUAAACUGACGGCGGAUAAUCGAGUGGAGAGUCCGAUUCCCAUCCUGCAGAUCUCCACCCCCGACGCCGAGACCGAGAAACUCAUCAAGAUGAAGGACGAGGAGUUGAGGAGGAUGCAGGAGAUGCUUCAGAAGAUGCAGCAGCAGAUGCAGCACGAGCAGGAUCUGUAAAACCAGUCAAUCAGCUGUGAGAGGGAAUUUUGGAGAAGUUGAGAAUUUGCCCUGGUCUGUGUUUGCUUCCACAGAAACCCCGCCUCACCACCAUUUCACCAACAUCUCACCACAGUCUCACCACCGUCUCACCACUGCCUCACAGUUAGAGCUCAGGGCCUGAAGCUGAGCUCUGCAGGUUAAACAGGGUCGUAUCCAGUUCUGUGGAUGUUGAUUUGAUUACACUUCUUCUGUAGAGAUGCUGAGAGACAUUGAGAGAAAGUGAGAGACGUUGAGAGAUCAGACGGCUGAGACUGUUUAUCACACAGUGGAUUAAUAUCAGUGCUCCGUUAUUUAUUUAAUUGCUUAAUAUCUCAGUAGUGUUGAUGGUGAAUGCUGAUGUUUUAAUUUAUUUAUGAAUAUGUAAGUUAGUGAGUAACAGAGAGAAACAGCCUGUAUUGUUUUGCCCACAAUCUUUAAAUGCACUGAAUUAUCUGAGGUUUAUGAUAUGAAAUAAUGGAAAAUUAAACAUGAUUAGAAUUUUAAAAAGUUGUAAAAAGAAAGACUGUAAACAGAUCAGUUAAAACUACAGUUUAGUGUCGUAAUCUUCUGGUCAGAAAGCUUCAUUACAUCAUAAUAAGUUCUAACAGUGUUGAUAAAGCAGAAGCUGUGCAACGCUGUGUAUAUUUUAUUGAAUUCAUUAUUUAUUAUACAUUUUUGUAUUUGUUUUUAUAUUUUGUGGUUCAGAUGGUAUUAAGUGAAUAAUUUUGGUUAAUAUUUAUUUCUAAAUAAGAUUAUAGAAAACUGUAGAUAUUUUACAUAGUUUUGGGCUCUUCAUGCUGUAAAAACUGCUUCACUAAAUUAAACUGCUGAAAUAAUGAAAUUCCACCUUAAAACAGGAGACGCUCUGUCUCUCUCUUUAGGAACAGAUCUGUAGAAUUUAGCUGAUAAUGAGCAAAACUAAAUUUAAUCACAGAGUCUGAUUUCAGUGUUUGUCUUUUUUCCCUUUUUUGCACAAAAUAAAGAAAUAACUCACUAAAAAUCAUAAUUACCCUUUUGUUAAACUAUUGUUAAAUUGUUGUUUGUUACGUCCUGAUCAGGUGAUUUUACCCCAACCUGAAUCUCUUAACAUCAUCCGAUACAAUCUGAUCUUUAUAAAUAACAAAUCCUUACAAUAUAUUAUAGGUAUCUGUGCUCUACAUUACUCUACUCUAAACUCAACUAAUACUCUAUACUCUACUCUAAACUCAACUAAUACACUAAACUCUACUCUAAACUCUAUUAAUACUCUAAACUCUACUCUAAACUCUACUAAUACUCUAAACUCUACUCUUAACUCUACUAAUACUCUAAACUCUACUCUAAACUCUACUAAUACUCUAAACUCUACUAAUACUCUAAACUCUACUAAUACUCUAAACUCUACUCUUAACUCUACUAAUACUCUAAACUCUACUCUAAACUCUACUAAUACUCUAAACUCUACUAAUACUCUAAACUCUACUAAUACUCUAAACUCAACUAAUACUCUAAACUCUACUCUAAACUCUACUAAUACUCUAAACUCUACUCUAAACUCAACUAAUACUCUAAACUCUACUAAUACUCUAAACUCUACUCUAAACUCAACUAAUACUCUAAACUCUACUAAUACUCUAAACUCUACUCUAAACUCAACUAAUACUCUAAACUCUACUAAUACUCUAAACUCUACUCUAAACUCAACUAAUACUCUAAACUCAACUAAUACUCUAAACUCUACUCUAAACUCUACUAAUACUCUAAACUCUACUCUAAACUCAACUAAUACUCUAAACUCUACUCUAAACUCUACUAAUACUCUAAACUCUACUCUAAACUCAACUAAUACUCUAAACUCUACUAAUACUCUAAACUCUACUCUAAACUCAACUAAUACUCUAAACUCUACUCUAAACUCAACUAAUACUCUAAACUCUACUAAUACUCUAAACUCUACUCUAAACUCAACUAAUACUCUAAACUCUACUAAUACUCUAAACUCUACUCUAAACUCUACUAAUACUCUAAACUCUACUCUAAACUCAACUAAUACUCUAAACUCUACUAAUACUCUAAACUCUACUCUAAACUCAACUAAUACUCUAAACUCUACUAAUACUCUAAACUCUACUCUAAACUCUACUAAUACUCUAAACUCUACUCUAAACUCAACUAAUACUCUAAACUCUACUAAUACUCUAAACUCUACUCUAAACUCAACUAAUACUCUAAACUCUACUCUAAACUCAACUAAUACUCUAAACUCUACUAAUACUCUAAACUCAACUAAUACUCUAAACUCUACUAAUACUCUAAACUCUACUCUAAACUCUACUAAUACUCUAAACUCUACUCUAAACUCAACUAAUACUCUAAACUCUACUAAUACUCUAAACUCUACUCUAAACUCAACUAAUACUCUAAACUCUACUAAUACUCUAAACUCUACUCUAAACUCAACUAAUACUCUAAACUCUACUCUAAACUCUACUAAUACUCUAAACUCUACUCUAAACUCUACUAAUACUCUAAACUCUAUUCUAAACUCAACUAAUACACAAAACUCUGCUCUAAGCUCUACUCUAAACUCUACUAAUACUCUAAACUCUAUUAAUACUCUAAACUCUACUCUAAACUCUAUUAAUACUCUAAACUCUACUCUAAACUCUACUAAUACUCUAAACUCUAUUCUAAACUCAACUAAUACACUAAACUCUGCUCUAAACUCUACUCUAAACUCUACUAAUACUCUAAACUCUACUCUAAACUCCUGCCAAAGUUUACCAACAAAAUGAGAUCUGAAAUUUCACUUUCAGAGAGGAAACUUUAGUUUUUCUCUUUUUUAAAAGUAGAUUUUUUGUCACUCUUUGUAUUCAGCAUUUUCCUAUAAUAAAAAUAAACAACAUUUAUAUCACAGAUUUCAGACUAAAAUAACUUAAUUAACCCUGAUGUUUUCUGUUGAACUGGAUCAGUGCUGUUGCAGAUAUUGAUUAUUGAUAGAGUCAUUGAUUAUUAUUGGUAUAUGAUUGUUUAGUCUGUUUGUUUGGAACAUGUUUAGAGAAUCAGAUGUUUAGUAUUGUCUGAUUAUGAAGCUGUAAUCUGUGUAUUUCAGUAUUUUAGGUAUUUUAGAUAUUUUAUGAAUUUUUAUCUGCAUGAACAGCAGCUGCUUCACUGGUUUUAUGGGAAAUAAAUAAAUAAAAGUCGUGUUUUUCAUCUUUA